AUGGUGGACACGAGAGACGGGGGGCAUUCGGGCGCGGCCUCGAUUCUGGGGGCGGAAGCGUUUCCCGAAUUGUUGAAUAAGGUGCCGUUGAAUCCACAGAUGGAUGAAGACAAACAUUUCAACAAGUAUAGAUGGGGGAAUGAACCGAUUCCUGUCAGCAGACGAACUGGAAGUCGCAUGUACUCUUCAAUCUACGACAACCGCAACCACGAGGCUGUUCGCCAUCCAUGGUCGACAGAUGCUCGCACGUUUCAUGCCAAUGAACACCCGGAAGCUGACCGAAUUAAUACACAGUACUCCAACAUGGUUAGCGACAACUUUCCUGAGGGUGGAUUCAGCGAUGCGCCUCGUUUUGCUUCUAAUUGGGAGCGCCUCCUCGCCUACCAUCAUGGCCUCUAUUCACCGGAAAUGUAUAAUUCGACGACAAAGACAGCAGAUGAAAUCCGGCUGGCCGUCAAUGAUUUCGCCGCAAAAGUUCACGCUGACGACCCCAAAAAUGCCUGCAAAUACCUCAUGAUCGAAGAAUUCAAAUGCUUACAGUCUGCGCAGGCACACAUUGAUCCUCAAGGCGCUGCGACAAAGUGUGUGAAGUGGUUCAACGAAUGGAGACAAUGCGCUUGGGAUCAGGAGAAGAUGGUGAAAGGAUACAACUAUAUCGAAGACAGAAGAGCCCGGAAGCACAAGCCGUACAUCGGAGCGCCCGACCUGCAGUACUCAUAG